AUGCUACGCCUCCACUUCUUCAUCAAACGUACCUCGCUAAGAUAUGCACCGCACACAAACCUUGUAAAUUCUAUUCGACCGCUCCAAUCCCGCCGCUUCAGCGUAUCUUAUCGAAGAUUUCAGGAAGACACAACCAGCAGCACUAAGCUGCCGAAUCCGCAGGAGCCACACAAAGCAGAAAUAGUCCCGGGCACCAUUAAUAUAAACCAGUCAUCCCAAACUCAAACUCAAACCCCGUCGCUGUCAGCUGGAGAUGGGUCCGUAAACUCCGAGCAAAGUCCGGAUAAGCCACCAGUGACUACCACCAGUGACCCAUCUUUGGGCGAGCUAAGUAAAGAUAAGGAUGCCAGCGUAGACCAAGAUGACGAGGCACACAAAGAUGAGUUUCUCACCACCAUUUUCGAAGAAAUGGAGCCAUAUAUCGACACCUAUGCCGUGUACAAACGACUCAUAGAUGCGGGCUUCACCCCUCCUCAAAGCGACGAGGUCAUCCAAUUACUCAUUGCACAACUCAAUACCAAGCUCUCGAAGCUCCUGACAAAGUACUCUCAGAUCUACGAAUUGGAGAACGAACAGUAUUUGUUCGAAAGCGCCCAACAGGAGUUGGGCGUGGACAUCACCCGAAAUCGGGAGAACCACAUCAACGAGGCCAUAAAUCUGAUCAACGAACUAGAGAGAAACUACACGGUGCUCAGUGACGAGCUCAACAAUUUGCUUAUCGAGAUGAAAAACGAUACCCAGAUCGCCAUCAAUGACCAGAAGUCUGAGAAUACGCUCAUGAGCAAGCGCAUCAUGCUCCGGAUCCAGGAGACGAACCACAAAAUCACCAAUGAGAUCACCAUGGCCAUGCGGUCCGAAAUUGAGUCCUUGAGAUGGCAUUUGUCGCGCUGGGGUGUGAUUUCCAUCUUGACCUGUGUCAUUACCGCUUUUGUUGGCUUCUACAUGUACAGAGCAAGAUUAAAGAAGAGACUUGCGUCUGCCAAAACCGAGUUUGCACCUCUUCUUAUCUACGAGCCAAGUGAACUUGACGACGACGAUUAUCACGCGGAUCUUGAUCCCGAUUCAGUUUAA